UCGGAACGCGUCGUGAAAAAACGAGCUUCCCAAGCCUGCCACCAUUGCAGAUCAAGAAAAGUCAAAUGUGACCUCGUCAAGUCCGGUAUCCCCUGCCAUAAUUGCGAAACCGAUGGCAUCGAGUGCGUUGUCAUCGAGUCAAGGAGAAGUAGGAAGUUCCGACUUCAAAAGCGCCAGUUGAGCGGCGUCGUUUCGCUGCCAUCCCUACUUCAAGCUCGGUCAAAAUCCGCCUCCGAAGCUCCAUCCACGCAAAGCGAAAAUGACCAAGAAUCGAUACAAAAUGCUGGUGAUCGGCAAGUCAAAGAAGAUGCAACGGAUAGUCCUACCAUCAACCACUUAUUCGGGAGUUCUCCCUCCUUGCAUCAAGUGAACAGCCAGAACAGCUUGAGUCGACAGAUCGAUCCCGCGGGAACUGCAUCCAGAUCAUCGAUUCAAAGGCGGCUAUCGGUAGACCUUCCACCGUACAUUCGUCCAGUCCGACCAACCAUCAGAUCGGACGACAUUGAAUUCCUGUCACGUCGAGGGGCAUUAAGCCUACCAGAUACCGAGCUGCGCAACCAGCUUCUACGAUGUUUCAUCCUCUAUGUCUACCCCUACAUGCCUAUCGUUGACCUCGAAGACAUUCUCGGCGCCAUUGAUGGCAAGGAGGGAGCCCCGAAGAUCAGCCUGACACUCUUCCAAGCAAUCAUGUUCGCGGGGACUGCCUUUGUGGACUUGGAGCUCCUUUUGAAAUCUGGCUAUAGUGAUCGUCGAUCGGCAAGAGGUGACUACUUUCAGAAGGUCAAGCUACUCUAUGACUUUGACUGGGAUGCCGACCGGAUUCCUCUGAUCCAAUCUCUUUUGCUUGGAAACUAUUGGUACGUGUCCGAGAACGAUCAGAAAGACCCCUGGCAUUGGCUCGGAGUGUGCAUAUCACUUGCUACGAGCAUCGGCGUCAACCAGGUUGUCACAUACUCGAAGAAAGACUCGAAGACUUGCCGCCUCUGGAGACGACUCUGGUGGACCUGUGUACUGCGAGAUCGGAUUAUCUCAGCAAGCAUGCGGAGACCUAUGCGACUCAAGGAUGAGGAAAUCAACCUGUCCCCGCUUACACUUUACGACUUCGAAACACAACCCAUUACCACCGACAUUCCCGCACUUCGAGACUGUCCUUUCAUCACAGACACUGCAAUCAGGAAGAAUCUGGCCCAGAUAUGUAUAGCUAAUAUUGGCAUCUGUCUGUGCAUUGGUCGUAUCAUGAAGUCUCUCUACCACCUGCGAGUCUUCGGCGGUUCCACGGCCGAAGCGACGAUGCUAUACAAGCCAAGAAUGUCUCAGAUUGACCAUGAGCAGAUCUCAAUUCUACAGGACGAUCUGGACCACUGGUGCAAAGAUUUGCCGAACAGCUGCUUGCUCCUGUCGACUGUAAGCAGUAAUGUCCACGACAAAUCCACAGAAGACGUGCUCUUCCUGCACAAAGCAUUCUUGCGGAUGACCUACUUGAUGGCGGUCGAGACCUUGAAUCGACCGCAAGUAUUGCUGGGAACGACAUCGACCGUAUCGGCAUCAAUGGCUAAUGGUGCUGUCGAGCAAAUAGCCGAAACGACUCAAUGGCUACAGGAGCGCAACCUGGUCAAAUUCCUUCAGCCUCUUGCUGUGAGUUUCAUGCUUUUCUCACUGGCUUCGUUCCUUGUCGACAUCAAGACCAAAGGCAGAGACUCUCGAGAUUUCCAGAGUCAACAGUUCCACAACUGUAUUCGAGCCCUGUGGCAGUUACGCGAGACUUGGCCUAUCGCUGAUUCGGCCUCUUUCCUAGUUGGCCAAAUGAUCUCAAAGAGUCAGGUG